AUGACAGGUCCAAAACAAAUUAAAGCAUGCUUGUUUGACAUGGAUGGUUUGUUAUUAAACACAGAAGAUAUAUAUACUAUAACCUGUAACGAAAUUUUAAGCAAAUAUAAUAAGGGCCCACUUACAUGGGAUAUUAAAUUAAAAAUACAAGGUUUGCCAGGUCCCGAAGCUGGUAUGAAACUAAUUAAUCACUAUGACCUACCUUUAUCUUAUGAAGAAUAUAAUGAAUUAAAUAUGAAAAAUCAAGAAACUAAAUGGUCCAACUCUGCAUUCUUACCUGGUGCCAAAGAGUUGAUACAUUAUUUACAUGAACGUAAUAUUCCUAUUGCGUUAUGUACCUCAUCGAAUAAGGCAAAAUUUCAUGGAAAAACCGAUCACCUAAAAGGUUUUGAUUGUUUUGACGUUAUUAUAACUGGUGAUGACCCAAGAAUACCCAAGGGUAGAGGUAAACCAUGUCCAGACAUAUAUCAGUUGGGACUGAAAGAAAUCAACAAGAAAUUUGGCAGUGAAAUUAAGCCAGAGGAAUGCUUAGUUUUUGAAGAUGGAAUUCCAGGUGUCAAUGCUGGUAAAGCUUUAGGUGCAUACGUGAUUUGGGUUCCACAUCCUGAAGCCAUCGAAUUUCUUGGGGACAUUGAUACUGUAUUAGAGGGUCAAGGUGAAUUUUUAUCAUCUUUAGAGAAUUUUGACAAAGAAAAUUAUGGAUUAUGA